AUGAAGAAAAAUUCAAAGAUACCUGUCAAUUCGCCUACGCCAUCAAAGGGAAGGGUGCAAUCCAUACCAGAUAAUAAAAAACAGCCGGUGAAACCGCUCACGACAAAGCAAGUCCCGACUGACACCAAAAGAAUUCCGGCUCCUGCCAGGCCUACAGCGGCACCACAAAAGGCUCCACAAAGAAAGCCAGCUGCUGCAGUUACUCCAACUCCAACGGCCAAGAAAGGAUCACCCCCGGUUACGAAAACAACACCGGCGGCAAGACCACCUCCGCAGAGAGGGCCGGCAACUGCUCCGGGUUCUCCUCAACCAGUCAGACCGGCGCCAAUUCCGGCAAAGUCAAACAAUCCCGUAACUAACAGAACAACUCCGAUUCCGGCUAAACCUGUGUCCCAAGUUACUCCAUCUUCAGUCAGACCGCCAGUAGUUCCAGCAAAACCGACAGCAGCUCCAGCAAAACGGGCUCCGGCAACACCUGCUGCAAAACCAACUCCAGCCAGGGCUGCUGGCGUUCCAAACAAACCGACUACUCCUCCAACCGAUGAACUGAGCGACCAACAGCCACCUGAAGAGACCGACGGGAUUGACGGAGGGAACGAUGGAACUACUCAGCCUCCCAAAAAGCCUUCAAACCAAAUUUACUGGAAGAAGGUGGGCAUAACUGUCCUGAGGUUUUAUUUUUGUUUCUGUCUGCCCUAG